AUGGCCAUAGGCAAGGGGCGCAAUCGCGCCAAAGACUUCGAGGACCUGGCGCAGACUGGUGCGCAAGAUUUUGACCCGGAAGUAGAAGACGUUCCCGGCGACGAAAGCGAUGCAGACUCUGGCGCGGAGGACGAAGACGAAUUCGAUGGUCGUGAACACUAUGUCGAUGUAGGGAAGAGCAAAUUGCGAAAGCCCAAAACUGCCACACUUGGGCCGCAAUAUCGAGGCUCCAAGGUGGACCGCGAUCAGCUGGAUGAGGAUGAUGAGGACGACCCGUUCAGUAGAGGAUUUGAUGAUGAGGAGAGCGAUGCAGGGGACGGUAUCGAGCUUGACGGUGAAGAGUAUAGCGAUCAAGAUGGAGAGGGAGGCGACGAUAGCGACGAUCUGGCAGACGACACGAAAGGCACGGAGCCGAGCGAAGAAGAUGUCGCCGUGACACAAAAGGGCAGCAAAUUGCGCAAAGAGCUUGCUACGGUGAAGCGUCAGGAGCGCGACGACGAUGAGGACAUGGAUGGCUCAGGAUUCAGCGAUGAAGAUGCAGCGCCCAGACUGCGGCAGGUGGACGACAGCAUGAUGAGAGAGCUUGCGGCAGCGAAAAGCGCAAGUCAGCAAAAGUCAGUGGCGGCAUCGAUGUCACAAGCCACGAAGAUUGAUGUGGAGAAGGGGAGGGCGGUGAAGAAGCAGCGCACAGGAUUCGACUCGCUGCUCAACACACGCAUGAAGCUGCAGAAGUCGCUGGUCGCUACCAACACCUUAGUCGGCACUCCACCUGAGAAAAUUGAGGCAGAAAAGGCAGAUGCUAAGCAGGCGCUUGAAGCGGCCGAGACAGCGGCCUACCGAUUAUGGAGCUCUGUGAAUGGGCUACGGGAGGAGCUGCUCGCUGACAAGACGAAUGGAAAGCGGAAGCAGAUAUCAUUCACUAUCGAUACUCCUGUGCAGGACUUAUGGUCACACACUUUGUCGCUGGAAGAAGGAGCAAAGCCGGAACGCGACGCAGCAAUCAAGAAAUGGCAUCAAAAGACUCAAGAUCCUAUUGUGCGCUCCCAGACCGGUGGCCGUUUGAAAGAGACUGUGCAGUCCAGCAUUAUCGACGUGCUUGAGGAACAGCUUUCAAAAAUGGAUCGCCUAGUCAAACGAACUCAAGCUCCUCGCUCCUGCGCGCCAGUACAAGCUGCACAACGAGUGACCGAAGACGAGAAGAUCUAUGACGAUGCAGACUUCUAUGGCGUGCUUCUCAAAGAGCUGCUUGAGCAAAAAUCUGCAGACUCGGUAGCCGUCAGCAAUAUCGAUGUCGGGUUUCAGAUGCGAAGGGAGAACAAGACGAAGAGGAAUGUAGAUACGAAAGCUAGCAAAGGGAGAAAGCUGAGGUAUACUGUGCACGAAAAGCUGCAAAACUUCAUGGCACCCGAAGACCGGUCGACUUGGGGCGAGAGACAGCGUGAUGAGCUGUUUGGGAGUUUGUUCGGGCAGAAGCUGGGACUCGAUGAGAGGGACGACGGCACAGAGCAGGGAGAAGAGGAUGAUGUCAACAUGGAAGAGGCUGGGUUGAUGAUGUUCAGAAGCUGA